UUCAGGACCCACGGAACAGACAGCCGCCGACGCGACGGUCCUGUCAGGUCUCCUGCCUUCAUUUCCCAUCGUGCUGAGGCGGGUGGCAUGGCGGAGAAGGAUGACACCGGACUUUGACGAAGAGGUGGUUUUUGAGAAUUCUCCACUUUACCAGUACUUGCAGGAUCUAGGACAUACAGAUUUUGAAAUAUGUUCUUCAGUGUCACCAAAAAUAGAAAAAUGUACCACUGCAGAGGUUCAACCAAGGACUGCUAUAAGAGCCUUGUCAAAAAGAGGCAUCCUAUUAAAAGUGGCUGAAACAAUCAAAAGUUGGACUUCAUUUUCUCAGUGCAGUAAGAAAGAUGACUUACUUCACAAGUUGGAUACUGGAUUCCGACUUGACUCACUACAUACCAUCCUGCAACAGGAAGUGCUGUUACAAGAGGAUGUGGAGCUGAUUGAGCUACUUGAUCCCAGUAUCCUGUCUGCAGGGCAGCCUCAACAACAGGAAAAUGGACACCUUCCAACACUUCGCUCCCUGGCAACUCCUAAUAUUUGGGAUGUCUCAAUGCUAUUUGCCUUCAUUAGCUUGCUGGUUAUGCUUCCUACUUGGUGGAUUGUUUCCUCCUGGUUGGUAUGGGGUGUGAUCCUAUUUCUUUAUCUGGUCAUAAGAGCUUUGAGGUUGUGGAGGACAGCUAGACUACAAGUGACUCUGAAAAAAUACAAAGCCCGCUUGGAUGAUACUGCAGCAAAUAGCCGAGCUUUUACAAACCUUGUGAGAAAAGCAUUGCGUCUCAUUCAAGAAACGGAAGUCAUUUCCAGAGGAUUUACACUGGUCAGUGCUGCUUGCCCAUUUAAUAAAGCUGGACAGCAUCCCAGUCAGCAUCUCAUCGGUCUUCGGAAAGCUGUCUACAGAACUGUAAGAGCAAACUUUCAAGCAGCAAGGCUAGCUACCCUAUAUAUGCUGAAAAACUACCCUCUGAACUCUGAGAGUGACAAUAUAACCAACUACAUCUGUGUGGUGCCUUUUAAGGAGCUGGGCCUUGGAUUCAGUCAUGAGCAGGUUUCAGAAGAGGAAGCUCAUAACCUUACAGAUGGCUUCAGCCUGCCUGCAUUGAAGGUUCUUUUCCAACUCUGGGUGGCACAGAGUUCAGAGUUCUUCCGACGGUUAGCCCUGUUACUUUCAACAGCAAAUUCACCUCCUGGGUCCUUACUUACGCCAGCACUUUUGCCUCAUCGUAUUUUAUCUGAUGUAACUCAAGGUCUACCUCAUGCUCAUUCUGCCUGUUUGGAAGAGCUGAAGCGCAGCUACGAGUUUUAUCGUUACUUUGAAACUCAGCACCAGUCUGUGCCCCAGCGUUUAUCAAAAACUCAACAGAAGUCAAGAGAACUGAAUAAUGUUCACACAGCAGUACGCAGCUUGCAACUCCAUUUGAAAGCAUUACUGAAUGAGGUAAUAAUUCUUGAAGAUGAACUUGAAAAGCUUGUUUGUACUAAAGAAACACAAGAACUAGUGUCAGAGUCUUACCAACUGCUAGAACAGAAAAUGAAGUUGAUUCAGCCUCAUGUACAAGCAAGCAACAAUUGUUGGGAAGAGGCUAUUUCUCAGGUGGAUAGACUACUCCGAAGAAAUACAGAUAAAAAAGGCAAGCCUGAAAUAGCUUGUGAAAACCCACACUGUUCUGCAAUACCUUUGCUACAACCUACUCUACACAUUGCAGACAAAGACCCAAUUCCUGAAGAGCAGGAAUUAGAAGCUUAUGUAGAUGAUAUAGAUAUGGACAAUGAUUUCCAAAAGGAUGAUUUUUAUUGCUUGUCUCAAGAAGACAGAGAGAGACAGAAGCGUGAGCAUGAAGAAUCUAAGAGGGUGCUCCAGGAAUUAAAAUCUGUGCUGGGAUUCAAAGCAUCAGAAACAGAAAGACAGAAAUGGAAGCAGCUUUUAUUUAGUGAUCAUGCUGUGUUGAAAUCCUUAUCUCCUGUAGACCCAGUGGAACCCAUAACUAAUUCAGAGUCAUCUAUGAAUUCAGAUGUGGGGGAAGUUGAUAAAAAUGACCCUGAAGACAAAAAUAAUAAACACUCUACAACGGACAGUGAAAUAAGUAGGACUGAGUAUUCAUAUGAAAAUCUUCUAGAGGAUACAAAUAAAGACAGUUCUGCAAAUGAAGUCUUCCUUGAAGGAGUUCAAGAAAGAGUUUGCUACCAGUGUGAGAGAGAAGAUGAAUCACAGCAGGCAGAUACAAGUGAGCCGUCGACUGUCCAGCCAACUCCGAGAGACUCAGUACAGCCCUCCAUUAAGCAGAGGCUGGCACGCCUACAACUGUCACCAGAUUUUACCUUCACUUCCGGCCUCGCUGCAGAAGUGGCUGCUAGAUCCUUCUCCUUUACCACCAUGCAGGAACAGACUUUUGGUGACGAAGAGGAAGAUGAAGAGCAAAUAACACAAGAAAAUAAUGGUGAGGCAGAAGAACUAUAAAAGCCAUGGCUCCCAUGAAGGAUUUUACAUUGUUCUAUUAUGAAAGUGUUUUAGUUUCAACACUAGAUAUUUAACUGGAAAGGGAAAAUGAGUGUAAGUUUACAUGUAUACCCAAAAUACGAAUUUACAGGAAGAAUCCUGUUUGAACAGUUUCUCUGGAAAUAGUAGUUACCUGUAAAUGGCAGAUCUUUUAGGAAAAUAAAGGUAAGGGCUGUCUUGGGGAAACAUCUGUUUUAUCUGGGGCUUGAUUGAUUUUGGAAUUCUCUAAGUACUUUUAAUAAGAAAUGAAUUUAUCAUUUCUUGUCUAAAUCUAGCAUAAGGUGAUUGGAAUAAGAACAUUAACACUUAGUAUGAUUCAUUUUUACUGUAUUCUUGCAGUUGAUAACUGCAGCUCUAUGUUAAUAAUAAGUUGUUUGUAUUUUCCUUGUUUAUACCAGUCAUAAAACAAAGAUACAGGUUCUGAAUAAAAAAAAAUUAAUUCAUACAA